CAACAAUGUCUGCUUCUAGGGUUGUGCCCAGAUUAUCUUCACUUUCUCACAAACUCUUCAAUGCUAAACCAACCACACAUUCGAUUUCUCCAUUGAAAGCGAUCUCUCAAUCCCCGCUUUUCGCUUCACCAAAACGCAUUUCUGCUGUGUCAAGAUUACCAGUGGAGCUGAGCUGUUUAAUGUCUAUGAUGCCUUUGCAUAGCGCAAUUGCUUCUGCUCGUCUGAGAUCAUUUCUGUCUGUAGAGUCUCAGAGCUGGGGUUUGAUUCCCCAAGGCAUCUCAAUGCCUUUAUGACAGCAUUCCUUUUAUCACAACUCUCGAGUGCUACAAGAAGAAUUUUGGUUGUGGUCUGUAGGAUUGAUGUUGACCUUUUUUCUUGCAGCAAUGAAUGUCCAAUGGGUGAAUGGGUGUUUUUUUAUUAACUUGUAUUCUUCUAUGAAGAAGUUUCACAGUGCAAAGUCUCCCUUUUGCAAACUUCGUUGCCUCUUUUGGCUCUUCUACUGUUGUUUUGUUUUUCUUUUUCAAUUUAUUUAAGCUUUUGCUGUGCUCAAUGAGAAGUCUGAUGCAAAUCA